GAUUAACAGUUGAGCUAUAACACUAAUAUUGGUGAUAGAUAGGUAGUAGGAAAAGGGUCGUGGGGUUACCAGCCAUCCGAUACUAUAAAAUCAAGUUGAAUCAAUUUAUCGGCUUUUAAAUUCAUGAUAGUUACGUUAUACGGCGUUUGAACUAACGUUACCUGUUACCGGUUUUUACAACAAUUAAUAGGCUUACUUAAUUUAGAUUACGAUAUUUUAUUCCCUCUUAACUUUUUCGCUGAAAUUUCAUUGGUUGCAUAAAAAACGUUUACUUGUUUUACCACGAGACGUUAAUUUUCUCAUCAUUAUCGCUGUACACCUAAACAAUUUAUCGUGCCAGGACGAUUCAUCUUGUACGUAAAGGGUUUAAUUUUGGUGCAAGUGCAUUUUUAUGAUAAAUUUUAUUCUACCAAACCAUUACCGGCAUGGUCUUGGAGUAAUUCACGUAUCUAUCAAGAGAUUUCGAAGAAGUUCCACGAUAGAAUCCAAAAAUAUCUAUUACUAUAAUGAAGACCUCACAGCAACUUCAGGAAUUUAAAAAAUGUCUUAUUAUAUUUAUGGUAGGCAUCAUCUGUACUAUUUUAUCAUGUACAAUCUACGCUCUAGAUCCAAUAAAUAUUGUUUUCAAAUGGAAAUUAACAAUGACCCCGACGUCAACAGUUUUUUUGAUGUGGAAAAAACCACCCGUUGACGUAUUCCUCAAAGUAUACGUAUUUAAUAUUACGAAUGCUGAAGCAUUUUUGAAUAAUGAAGAAAAGUUGCGAGUUCAAGAAGUUGGACCUUACGUUUAUCAAGAAGUUUUAGAAAAUACCAAAAUCGUGUGGCAUGAUAAUGGCACCAUCACUUAUAUACCAAAACGAACGGUCAUUUAUCGUCCAGAUUUGUCAAUAAACGAUCCUAAGAAAGAUAUUGUUACUGUGACAAACAUUCCAUUUUUGGGAAUUUCCUCAGCUCUUGCUGACGCCGGAUUUUUUGUAAACUAUCCAUUAGUACAAUUAACUAAUUUAUUGGAUACUAAACCAAUUGUAAAUAUGACUGUGUAUGAAUAUUUUUGGGGCUAUGAAGAUCCAUUAGUCCGUUUAGCUAGUGGCAUUGUUCCAAAUUUUAUAAACUUCCAGAAAUUUGGACUUCUUGACAGGAUGUAUGACGAAGGCGAUAAUUUGGUGAACCUGAAUAUUCAAAAAAAUAAAAAUAUGUCUGACGAAAAUGGCCGUUAUUUGAGUAUUCAAAACUAUAAUGGUAGUCCUGGCUUAGCGCACUGGGGAUAUCAGGAAGAGGAAGGCAAUGAAACUAUUCCGGGUAAUACUAUUUGUAACCGGAUUAGAGGAGCUACAGAAGGUACACUUUUUCCAUCAAAUCUCGAUAAAAGUGCAGUAUUUCGAGUGUUCAGAAAGGCUUUCUGUCGAGCGCUCCCAAUAGUUUUUAAGAAUGAAGUAACAACAUCUUCAGGGUUGACUGGAUGGGAAUAUACUUUAUCCGACAAUUUUCUUGAUCCACCUGACAUGAAUCCUGAAAAUGAAUGUUACUGUCGUAAGAUGAAAAAAUGUUUGAGAAAAGGUCUCUCUGAUCUAACGCCUUGUUAUUACAACAUACCAGCAGCAGUGUCAUUGCCACAUUUCCUGAACGCUGAUCCAAGUCUUCUACAAGACAUCGAAGGCCUUCAACCAGACCGUGAGAAACAUCAAACAAGAGUUGUACUCCAACCGGCCAUUGGUAUACCUAUCGAUGUCAAUUCAAGAAUACAAACUAAUCUUGUAAUGAAAAAAAUGACUUAUAAUAAAAGGCUUGAACCGUUUAGCAAUCUCGCAAUACCAUUAUUUUGGAAUGAUUUAGAAAUUCCAUCAAUUAGUCCUGAUCUUUUAAUGACAAUGAAGUUAUUAUUACAAAUCGGACCUAUUGUGCAAACAGCAACAAUCUGUCUACUAGCAAUAGCUGGAGGAACAACGUUUUUAUUAUCAUUAAUAGGCAUGUUAUGGAUAUUGAAUCAACAAACUGAGCAACAUAGUGAUGAAAGAAGAGAUAGUGUUGAUUUAAAGAUACCACUUGGAUACGGUCAAUAUACAGCCAUACGUAUUUUACCAGCAAUCAAAAAAAUUACUUCAAAAACAGAUCUUUUUGGUUAAAAUUCUUUAUUGUAAAAUAUAUUUAUUUAUAAACACUAGUUAUAAUUUCAAUUUCUGUAUAGAUUUUUCUUCUACUUUAAUGCACUUAAUCCUUAUAUAUAACAUAAUCUGAGAAAAAAUCGUUAUGCCUGAUUAUCAUAGUGACGCAAAAAACAACUUUUUUCAAGCUUUCUACAAAAAUAUGUUAAUUAAUCAUAUUUUAAGAGCUAUAUUAAAAAAAUCAGCUCAAUUAACAAUUUUUAGUCGUCACGCAAAAUUUUUAGAAAAAAAAUCAGAUUUUUUUCGUUUUUAAUUUAAGGUAAGCUCUUUAAAUUGAAUAUCAUCAAAACAGGAAAAGGUCAAUUAAAUUAAAAUAGUCGGUUUUUUGCGUCACUAUUAGUAAUGCAUGCAUUUAAUAGUGUAAUGGAAUUAUGGAAGUAUGUCUAGUCGGAUAAAAAGAGCACUGGUUUGUUUCAAAUUGUUUGUUUACACAAAUUGCCUAUAUAACAGCUUGUAGGAAACAGUUUCACUCUCAUGAAAUAUUAAAAAAAUCGUAAACGUAUAGUAUUAUGAUUAGUACAAAAUGCAUAUACUGAUAAACAUGAAACUCUCAAUAAAUAAUUGCCUGUUUCUUCAUUGGAUUACGAAUUUUUCUACGAAAUCUUCUGAAAAUUUAAUCUAAAAUUUUUUGAAACAAAGCAUUUAGCGAUAGUCAAUCAUUGAAGAAUUAUAUGCUAAAAAGACAUAUAUUUUGAAUAAGUUUUAAAUAGAAACACAUGCAUAAUCUUGGAUGGGCAUUUAUGAAAUAAAAUAAUUGAUUAUUA